UUGUUUUUUCCCCUCCUGCGAAUUUGGAGCCUCUGAUCACCAAAAAAAGUCGCUAGUCGCUUUUGUCUAAUUUUCUCGCUAGGGGGGUCCAGAAAGUAGCUAAACACAGCGACAAACACGGAGCAAACACGACCCGACCUGUGCUAUUUACCCAUGGUCCAUUGCAGGAAUGACGUCAGCGCGGUUGUCAACAGCAUCUCGGCUUGAAAACGUCUCCGGUCUGCUUGCACCCACGUGGGUGCAGUUGUUCCUCGCUAAAGAAUGGCCACUGAUGAUGUGGAGCGGCUGCUCAUCCAGUUCCAGGAUGAGGACGGGGAGCUGCUGGGCUCCCCCUUUGAUGUGCCCAUCGACAUCACCCAGGACAAACUGCAGCUGGUCUGCAAUGCUUUGCUGCAGAAGGACGAGCCGGUGCCUCUGGCGUUCUUCGUGCGAGGCGAAGCCGAGGUGGUGUCCAGCCUGGGGUCUUGCGUCAAGUCGCUCACGAUCGAGACAGAACAAGUUCUGCCCAUCGUCUACCAACCUCAGGCUGUGUUCCGUGUCCGAGCCGUGGCCCGGUGCACCAGCACUCUGCAGGGUCACACUGAAGCGGUUAUCUCCACGGCUUUCAGUCCCACCGGCAAGUACCUGGCGAGUGGCUCUGGCGACACAACCGUGCGCUUCUGGGACCUCAUGACGGAGACGCCACAUCACACUGCCAAAGGACACACCCACUGGGUGCUGAGUAUCGCCUGGUCACCGGACGGAAAGAAGCUGGCGUCGGGAUGCAAGAACAGUCAGAUUUGUCUGUGGGAUCCCGUCACCGGGGCCCAAGUGGGAAAGACGUUGACUGGACACACGAAGUGGAUCACCUGGCUGUGCUGGGAGCCGCUGCAUCUAGACCCCGAGUGCCGCUACCUGGCCAGCAGCUCCAAGGACGGCUCAGUACGGAUUUGGGAUACUGUGUUGGGACGCUGUGAGAAGAUCCUGACCGGACACACUCAGUCAGUGACCUGUGUGAAGUGGGGUGGAGACGGACUGCUGUACACGUCCUCUCAGGACCGGACCGUCAAAGUGUGGCGAGCCAAAGACGGGGUGCAGUGCCGGACUCUGCAGGGCCACGCUCACUGGGUCAACACCCUGGCGCUCAGCACGGAUUACGUCCUGCGCACCGGAGCUUUCGAACCCGCCACUGCCACGGUGAACCCUCAAGACCUCAGUGGCUCGUUGGAGGAAAUCAAGGACCGCGCCUUGCAGCGAUACAGUCAAGUCCGAAACUCUGGGCCGGAGCGGCUGGUGUCUGGCUCGGACGACUUCACCCUGUUCCUGUGGAACCCAGCUGAGGACAAGAAGCCGCUGGCCAGACUGACCGGGCACAGCGCUCUGGUCAACGAAGUCCUCUUCUCACCAGACACCAGGCUUCUGGCCUCCGCCUCCUUCGACAAGUCCAUCAAAAUCUGGGACGGACGCACGGGCAAGUACCUGAUGUCCCUCCGGGGUCACGUGGGCUCCGUGUAUCAGGUGGCGUGGUCGGCUGACAGCAGGCUGCUGGUGAGCGGGAGCAGCGACAGCACACUCAAGGUGUGGGACGUCAAGACGGGGAAGCUGAGUAUCGACCUGCCGGGUCACGCUGACGAGGUUUACGCCGUGGACUGGAGCCCCGACGGUCAGAGGGUGGUCAGCGGCGGCAAAGACAAGUGUCUGAGAAUGUGGGUGAGACUCUUGACUGGGCUGAUGAGAGGCCUUGUCCUCACUGGUGUCUCUCCGCAGAUGGAGGCGGUAGUGAGGAGGGCGCCCCCUGUCGCUCACCAGUGAGGAGCCACAGAGGUGACCUCAGUGCCUCUGUGACGUCGGACCUAUUAAACAUCCAGCUGAGAGAAAUGUGUUUCCAGCGUUUACUUCACGCUAGCGAGGCACUAGCCCACCCGUGAGCGACGCGCCACACUUGAAGAUAGUGCAGACCGAGAGAGGGUCCUGGGUCGUCGCUCAGCGGGCACACGAGUCCUGGAUCUGGUCAUGUGAUGAAGGUGAGCCGGUGAAGGGCAGACGACAGGUGGGCGCCGCAGACCUCGCGCUGCGCUGGGUUCAUCUCCUCAGAGCCCCUCCCUCACCCUGGCACUGGGCCUCAGAUACGUGGUCUGUUCUGAAGCUGGAGAUC